GUAGCAUCUGGGAAAGAAAUCUCUGGUGUGUUCACCAGUCUUGACUCUAUUGUUUUCAAAUGUCAGAAUAAUGCUUUAAAUCCCAUACCUGCAACACCCAGUUGGAUUGCUACGCUUGUCUGGGGAAUGGAUUCCACUUUGGUUUCACCCGAUGAUACAUUCACUCUUACUAUGCCUUGUGUUUUCUCAAUUCCACUGGGAAGCAAUACAUUGGACUUGCAAGCUGAAGGGAAAACAUAUGCCACUUGUUUAGUGACAGCUGGCGGAGUUUCGCUUCCAUAUUCCACAAUACAGUGCACUGUCACCAAUGAUAUACUUUUGGGAGACGUGGUCGAGGGUACUGUGUUCUUUCCUGUUACUUUCAAUGGUGGUGGAUCGUCUUCUCCAGCAGAUCUAGAGUGUGCAGUUAAAAUCACAUCAGGAAGAAACAAUAUUGCGUUCUUAGAUGGCAGUAGUCUGCUUAGUACAGUUGUGGAUUUUAAUGAAGGUUCCGAGAAUGGUAAAGACUUACUCCUCUUGAAUAACUACAUCAAAAGUCUACCAGCAAGCAAUAAUCUUCAAGCAUUGGUGAUGGGGAGCGGUAAUUGCCAAGGUCAAACUUCUGUCAGCUUGGUGGCUAUGACAGUAAGUGUGGGAGGUAUAAACGCUGCAAUUGAUUGUGAUUCACUCGAGCCUCAUGUUACCAAUGGAAUAAACGAUUGGAGUUUUCCUGAGUCCAGUGAACCAGGUGAUUUCGAUUUCUAUACGGAAUGCUCGCCUGGAAGAGUAUUGUUUCUCGUUAACGACCUAGCACCUGGACUUCGUCCAUACAUGAAUUUCGCCUUUAGCGAUCCUACAAGUGAUGCUAUCCAGGUUCAAGUCAGCGUUUCAAAUGCAUGCGAUGAUGGAACAGAAUACACGGAUGCUUAUCUGACUAUAUACAACCGUUUAGUUAACGAGGAAGCAGGAUCUAGUGGGCGUAUCAUACCAAGGCCGAUAACCACUGUUACCACUCCAUGUACCGGAACAAUCACCAUUACCUCCACAGCGUUUGGAAACGAUGGCACCAAUACCGAGAUAAUUGAAGUUCCGAUUACUACCACUACCAUCACUACCGCAUGGUCUGGGUCAUUCACCACCUCCACGACUGCAAUUGGCGAAGGUACCAACACAGUAAUUAUCGAGAUCCUCAUUCCUACCGUCACAAUAACAACAGGCUGGACUGGAAGUGAUACCACGACCACCACUGCUACUGGAGAUGAUGGAACCAAUACUCUAAUUAUUGAAACCCCAGUCCCGACAGUUACAAUUACUACCCCGUGGACUGGAGCUGACACUACUUCUGUUACUAUCACUGGUACUGAUGGAACUAACACAUUGGCCAUUGAGACCCCA